GGUGAAAAUGGAGCAUCACAUUCUCUGAGGUGGGGCUCAGCAGCAUAUGGAACACACUGAUCCUCAUAAUCCUUGUUCUCAGGAAAUAGUAAUGACUUAAUCCCCCAGCUUGUUCCUGCUCCUAUGUGGCCUCUCAGUGAGAUUUACAGACAAGACCCAGAGAAGUGGCGAUCGGAGUGGGAGACAUUCUGACUCAACAGUCUCAGCCCCUCCACGGAAGCAGCCAGUGGGACUCCCAGCCAUGGGUGAGGUGACAGCAGAGGAGGUGGAGAAGUUCUUGGACUCAAAUAUUGGCUUUGCCAAACAGUACUACAAUCUCCGCUACCGGGCCAAGGUCAUCUCAGACCUCCUGGGGGCCAAGGAGGCAGCAGUGGACUUCAGCAACUACCACUCACUGAGCAGCGUGGAGGAGAGUGAAAUCAUCUUUGAUCUCCUGCGGGGCUUCCAGGAGAAUUUACAGGCUGAGAAGUGCACCUUCAACGUCAUGAAGAAACUGUGCUUCCUCCUGCGGGCAGACCGCAUGAGUCUGUUCAUGUACAGGACCCGCAAUGGCACCGCAGAGCUAGCCACCCGGCUCUUCAAUGUCCACAAGGAUGCUGUCCUUGAGGAAUGCCUGGUGAUGCCUGACUCAGAGAUUGUCUUCCCCCUGGACCUAGGCGUCGUGGGCCAUGUUGCACACUCUAAAAAGAUCGCCAAUGUUCUCAACACAGAAGAGGAUGAGCAUUUUUGUGACUUUGUGGAUGACCUCACAGAGUACCAGACCAAAAACAUCUUGGCUUCCCCUAUAAUGAAUGGGAAAGACGUGGUGGCCGUAAUCAUGGCUGUGAAUAAAGUAGAUGGGCCCCACUUUACUAAGGCAGACGAAGAGAUUCUUCUCAAGUACCUCAAUUUUGUAAAUUUAAUCAUGAAGGUUUUCCACCUGAGUUACCUGCACAACUGUGAGACUCGACGUGGCCAGAUACUGCUAUGGUCUGGGAGCAAAGUCUUUGAAGAGCUCACAGACAUCGAGAGACAGUUCCACAAAGCCCUGUACACAGUCCGUGCCUUCCUCAACUGUGACAGAUACUCUGUGGGUCUCUUAGACAUGACCAAGCAGAAGGAAUUUUUUGAUGUGUGGCCAGUUCUAAUGGGUGAGGUUCCACCCUACUCUGGUCCCAGGACUCCAGAUGGAAGGGAAAUUAAUUUUUACAAGGUCAUUGACUACAUCCUGCACGGCAAAGAAGACAUCAAAGUAAUCCCGAAUCCACCUCCUGACCAUUGGGCUUUAGUAAGCGGCCUCCCCACUUAUGUUGCCCAAAAUGGCCUGAUUUGCAAUAUCAUGAAUGCACCCGCAGAGGACUUUUUCGAUUUUCAGAAAGAGCCUCUGGAUGAGUCUGGAUGGAUGAUUAAAAAUGUCCUUUCCAUGCCGAUUGUGAACAAGAAGGAAGAAAUUGUGGGGGUGACCACAUUUUACAACCGUAAAGAUGGGAAGCCCUUUGACGAAAUGGAUGAGACCCUCAUGGAGUCUUUGACUCAGUUCCUGGGCUGGUCUGUCUUAAAUCCAGACACUUAUGAGUCUAUGAACAAACUUGAGAACAGGAAGGAUAUUUUCCAGGACAUUGUAAAAUAUCACGUGAAGUGUGACAAUGAAGAAAUUCAGAAAAUCCUGAAAACCAGAGAGGUGUAUGGGAAGGAACCGUGGGAUUGUGAGGAAGAGGAGCUGGCUGAGAUCCUGCAAGAAGAGCUGCCAGAUACAGAGAAAUAUGAAAUUAAUAAAUUCCACUUCAGCGACUUGCCCCUCACUGAACUGGAGCUGGUGAAAUGUGGGAUUCAGAUGUAUUAUGAGCUCCGAGUGGUGGAUAAGUUCCAUAUCCCACAGGAGACCCUGGUGCGGUUCAUGUACUCCCUGAGCAAGGGUUACCGCAGGAUCACCUACCACAACUGGAGGCACGGCUUCAACGUGGGCCAAACCAUGUUCUCCUUGCUGGUGACUGGGAAGCUGAAGCGAUACUUCACUGACCUAGAGGCCUUGGCCAUGGUCACUGCUGCCUUCUGCCAUGACAUUGACCACAGAGGCACCAACAACCUCUACCAGAUGAAAUCCCAGAAUCCACUGGCCAAGCUCCAUGGGUCCUCCAUCUUGGAAAGACACCACUUGGAGUUUGGCAAAACACUGCUGAGGGAUGAGAGCUUGAAUAUUUUUCAAAAUCUCAACCGUCGUCAGCAUGAGCAUGCUAUCCACAUGAUGGACAUUGCAAUCAUUGCCACAGACCUUGCUCUGUAUUUCAAGAAGCGGACAAUGUUCCAAAAGAUCGUGGAUCAGUCUAAGACCUUUGAGAGUGCGCAGGAGUGGACGCAGUACAUGAUGCUGGAGCAGACGCGGAAGGAAAUCGUUAUGGCCAUGAUGAUGACCGCCUGUGACCUCUCAGCCAUCACCAAGCCCUGGGAGGUGCAGAGCAAGGUAGCUUUGUUGGUGGCUGCUGAAUUCUGGGAACAAGGUGACCUGGAGCGCACAGUGCUGCAACAGAAUCCCAUUCCCAUGAUGGACAGAAACAAGGCUGAUGAGCUCCCUAAGCUUCAAGUCGGCUUCAUUGACUUUGUCUGCACCUUUGUCUAUAAGGAAUUCUCCCGUUUCCAUGAGGAGAUCACCCCCAUGCUGGAUGGGAUCACCAACAACCGCAAGGAGUGGAAGGCACUUGCUGAUGAAUACGAGGCCAGGAUGAAAGCACUGGAGGAGGAGAAGCAGCAGAAGCAGGAGGCCAAGCAAGGUGAGUGGAAGGGGGAAGAUGGAGUCCUGUCCACCCACUCACUCAACACACAGGAUGUCUGGACCUGGAUCUGCAUUCUGUGUAGGAGGGCACCGAGGCUGGUGAGGUGAAGUCCCAUGGCCAAGUCACACAGUGAGUAAGUGGCAGAGCCUGGUUCCUGGAUUGAGUCUGAGGAAUGUUCCAGCCUUCCAGCCAGUACCACAAAGCAGCAUAAGGCAGACUCUUCUUGUAAGGCUAAGGAUGAAAUACACCUACCCCUGGGCAAAGGAGAAAAACCAGGAAUUAUCAGUUGGAAGGAAUUUCAGAAGCUACAUUUCCAGCCACCUGGCUGAUGUUUGAAUCCUCUCUAUAUCAUGAGCCUUUGCUCGAAUGCUACCAUUCAGUACAGCACUGUUAGGAAGGUCUUCUUGGACUCAAAUUGACAUUGACUUGCAAAACUCUCGGGUGCAGCCCCGCAUCUGCACUGCUCAUUAGAAUCAGCACACACUGCCCAGCGCAAGCAGAGCUGGGAACCUGAGUUCAUGUUAGAACCAUGUGUGAGGAGGGUGACGUGCAGAGGCUCAGUCAGUGUGGCAGGGACCAGCAGCCACAUCCCGUGGAGGAAACCAGAGCACGCAACCAGUCAAAGAAGUGUCUCCUUGUUGAUGCUUCCACCUGCCUUCAAAUGGGGUUCAUUUGUUCCAACUCUUCUCCCCGACAUCACUGCCCCUCCCCUCC